CCCCUUCCCGCUGCGGGGCAGGCCGAGCCAGGGACUCGGGGCCAGGUGAGGAGCCGGCGGGCCGUCAGCUGCUGGCUCCUCCGCCCAGGCCACUCCGGGAGGUCAGGCCCCAGAAAACCCUCCGUCUCCGCUGCCCGGUGACCAUGAGUGAGCUCCCGGCCUUGACCCCCGUGGGGGCCUCAGGACUCCAGCUAAGCAAAGGCCCCGGGGGCUCCUCGGAGGAGGUCCCUGCGGCUGCAUCUAAGCCUCGGCACAGCCUGGGCGUCUUCCAUGCCUCCUACAGCGUCAGCUAUCGCGUCGGGCCCUGGUGGGACAUCGCAUCUCGCCGGCAGCGGUGGAACAGGCAGAUCCUCAAAGACGUCUCCUUGUACGUGGAGAGCGGGCAGAUCAUGUGCAUCUUGGGGAGCUCAGGCUCGGGGAAGACCACGCUGCUGGACGCCGUGUCGGGGCGGCUGCGGCGCCGGGGGACCCUGGUCGGGGAGGUGUGCGUGAACGGCCGGGCGCUGCGCAGGGACCAGUUCCAGGACUGCUUCUCCUACGUCCUGCAGAGCGACACGCUGCUGAGCAGCCUCACGGUGCGGGAGACGCUGCGCUACACGGCGCUGCUGGCCGUCCGCGGGGCCUCCCGGGCCUUCGUCCAGAAGAAGGUGGAGGCGGUCAUGGCCGAGCUGAGCCUGAGCCACGUGGCCGACCAACUGAUUGGCAGCUACAACUUCGGGGGCAUUUCCACCGGCGAGCGGCGCCGGGUCUCCAUCGCGGCCCAGCUCCUCCAGGACCCCACGAUCAUGCUGUUUGAUGAGCCGACAACAGGCCUGGACUGCAUGACCGCAAACCAGAUCGUCGUGGCCCUCGCAGAGCUGGCCCGCAGGGACCGCAUCGUGAUCCUCACCAUCCACCAGCCCCGUUCCGAGCUCUUCCAGCUCUUUGACAAAAUCGCCAUUCUGAGCUUCGGAGAGCUGGUUUUCUGCGGGACACCGGGGGAAAUGCUUGAGUUCUUCAGUGGCUGUGGUUACCCUUGUCCUGAACACUCAAACCCGUUUGAUUUCUAUAUGGACCUGACAUCAGUGGAUACCCAAAGCAAAGAACGGGAAAUGGAAACCUACAAGAGGGUCCAAUUGAUUGGAUCCGCCUACAGAGAAUCGGCAAUUUACCACCAAACCUUGGAGACUAUCGAGAGAACAAAACACCUGAGAACAUUACCAAUGGUUCCCUUCAAAACCAGAGACUCCCCUGGAACGCUUUCUAAACUGUGUGUCCUUCUGAGGAGAGUGACGAGAAACUUAACGAGAAAUAAGCUGGCAGUGGUUAUGCGUCUGGUUCAGAAUCUGAUCAUGGGUUUGUUCGUCAUUUUCUUCCUUGUACGCGUCCAGAACGAUGUGCUCAAAGGUGCUCUCCAGGACCGCGUGGGUCUCCUGUACCAGUUUGUGGGUGCCAUGCCGUACACAGGCAUGCUCAACGCAGUGACUCUGUUUCCUGUGCUGCGAGCGGUCAGCGACCAGGAGAGCCAGGACGGCCUGUACCAGAAAUGGCAGAUGCUGCUGGCCUAUGUGCUGCAUGCCCUCCCCUUCAGCAUCAUCGCCACCAUGAUCUUCAGCAGCGUGAGCUACUGGACUCUGGGCUUAUACCCCGAGGCUGCCAGAUUUGGAUAUUUCUCUGCUGCUCUCCUGGCCCCCCACUUAAUUGGUGAAUUUCUAACUCUCGUGCUACUUGGAAUGGUCCAAAACCCAAAUGUGGUCAACAGCAUAGUGGCUCUGCUCUGCAUCACUGGGGUGCUGGUGGGAUCCGGACUCGUAAGGAACAUACAAGAAAUGCCCAUUCCUUUUAAAAUCUUCACUUAUUUUACAUUCCAAAAAUACUGCAGUGAGAUUCUUGUGGUCAAUGAAUUCUAUGGACAGAAUUUCACUUGUGGCAGCUCAAAUGGUUCUGUGACAGCUAAUCCAAUGUGUGCCUUCAAUCAAGGACUCCAGUUCAUUGAGAGAAUCAGCCCCGGUGCAACAUCCAGAUUCACAGCAGACUUCCUGAUUCUGUACGCAUUCAUCCCCGCUCUUGUCCUCUUGGGAACAGUUGUUUUUAAAGCACGGGAUCAUCUCAUCAGCAGAUAGGAAAGCACAUUGCUGCGAGAAUGGAACUGAAGCUCUUAGAGGUGCCUGGCUGCGUGGAAUAUCUGAACUAAGAAUGCCUCGUGUUUCUGUCUUGACAGCACAUCUGAAGUCUUUUAAACCAUUAAGACUCCUUUUGUGCCCUUGGAUCCAUGAAUGCUAUUCCAAGUUGAAGGGACAUGUGGUAUUUAGAAAUUGUGACUAAACCAGUCCAAAAUGUAAAUAAUAAUACUUCGUAAAGUUA